AUGACCAUCACCAUCGGUUGGAUAGCUGACCGAACACGCCAGCGUGGUCUCUGCAACAUCUUCACCUCCAUCCUUGGAAUUGUCGGAUUUGCUAUUUUAAUAGGCACAAAGACAGCAGGAGCUCGCUAUACCGGAGUAUUCCUGGGCGCCAUGGGCAUAUACCCUGCUAUCGCAAACACGCUGGCGUGGUGCAGCAAUAACACAGAAGGUGUCUAUAAACGCGGAGUGACGAUAGGGAUCGUCAUCGGCUGGGGCAACCUAAACGGAAUCGUGUCAUCCAACAUUUACCGUGGCAAGGAUAAACCCAACUACUACCCAGGUCAUGGCGUCGUGCUGGCAUACCUCGUGCUGUUCCUUUUCGGGGGUUCUUUGGUGCAACAUAUCAUGCUGAAGAUUGAAAACCGGAAGCGUAUCCGUGGAGAGCGAGACCACUGGGUUGAGGGCUUAGAUAGAAGCCAGGUUGACCUAUUAGGCGACAAGAGGCCGGACUUUUUGUACACCGUGUAG